AAGCCAACCAUUUCGCCCGUUUUAUGGCGUGGACGUGUUGAUUCAGGAGACUGCCCGGCUGCUGCCAGACCUGGUGGCCGCUUCCUUUCUACGAGCCCAGGAGGCCUGGCUGGAAGGUUUGGACUGGUGGGCCCAGGCGAUGGUCGCCUCCUACACCGCCAGCGCCGCGGCGCUGGCGGCCGUCCCGGUGCCCUUCGCGUCACGGGCCUUGUGCGUCCCGGUGCAGGUGGCCAUGGUGCUCAGCAUCGCCAAGGUGUAUCGUGUGGCGAUGUCAAAGAAGACGGCCAUACAUCUUUCCUUGUCCAUCGCAGGCUCCGGCAUGAGCGUUCCCGCGUAUAUGACCCUGGACUGGCUCAAGCUAGUGCCCGGCUUCAACGUGCCCGCCGUCGCCGCGGAAGCGGCCCUUCUUGGCACAAUCACCACGGCGCUCGGCUGGGUGGCCACGCAGCUCCUACGAGAAGUGCGGUCCAAGGCAGUACUAAAUGAGGUGAAACCAGAAGAGCUCGCUCAGAUCAUGGAUGUCAACCAGCUGCAGCAGAUGUUUCGGACCCGCCUCCGAGACCUCCGCACAGCCGGCGCUUCUUCCGACCAGAGCUUGAGCAGCUCGGCCUGACACCCAGUACUUCCAGGCAAGCCACUGUACUAAGAAAAAGACAUGCGUUCUCUAGGUUUACAUCCUACUAAUGGCAACUGGAAGCACUGGGUGAAGGUUUGAUCUCAAAUCGCCAGUGCCGCGGGAUUUCCGCCUGGAGAAGAUGGCGGCUUGGAAUUGCCCUUUGAAAAGGGCGCAUGGAAUUCUGAGAUGAGGGCAAGACGCAAUUAUGCCAUUGCUUCAUCGUGAUUAGAGACGGCUGUGGUUAUGGUGCAAGAGUAAGUGAGGUAUAAGAGCGACGACUGGGAGGAGCCUCUUGCGUUUCAAACCCAGAACACUGAGAACACGAGUUUGGUUGCGAACGCAGCUACUUUAAGCGGUUGACAGGACAACUUUAAUCCUGGAAUGAGCUGAGAGAAAGCUUGCUGGAGCAAGAGGAGCCUCGUGUACAGUAAUUAGUCACGAGUCAAAUUUGUUCUCAGUCUGGAAUCGGCCUUUGCUGAGCUAUGCUUGAGGCGCUGCGGCCCACUCGUGUCCCAACCAAGUAGAACACAUCUAGAUAGC